UACAUGUAAACAAAACCAUUCCUGCGUUCAUCUGCAGUGCACAGAAUGCUAAAUCGUCAGUUUCCUUUAAAAAUAAAAAUAGACUGUAUGUAACAUUAUUUACUAUGGACUGUCAAUAAAGUUAUUUCACGUUUCCAGUCUCCAUGGAUGUCUAUUCACAAAACACUACCCGUAACUAUUCCUUCAAUCUGCCAGAACUUCAAGCGGUAACUGGUCAAAUCAUCAAUAACCACACACGAAUAAACAGAAAAAACUUGACUUUAAAACCUGUAUCCCAAAAUCACCCUUCCACCUACUUUCAUCAUCCAACAAGCCCAAUGAGUUCUCUAAGGAUCUGGCAGGGAUAUUGUGGUAAUAUUUAUUUUGAGCCUUUUAAAAUUCAUAAAAAGGCCUUUCAUCCUCCUGAAGACAGACUUACUAAAUCCAGCAUGAGAAGAAAUGAGGACAUAUCAUAUAAAAGAGCCUAUUCAGAUUUCCAGGGUAUAAAAACUCCAAGAACCAGCAGAUUUCCUCGACUUCUUGGUUGCGUGAGGCAACUCUCUAUGCUGGACAAAAAUUCAAUUUUUGCAAAAGAAAGUCCUCAACUCUCUGAAGAUAUCACAUGGAUCACAAGUCUCGGUGCAAUUGGUGGCCUCCAAGUUCAAGAUGCUUUAUCUAAGAACACCACAAGCAAUUUCUAUAAAGACACAAUAAAACUAAGAAAAGUAAUAGUUUCCAGUCUAGUACACACAUCUGACAAUUUCCCCAGAAGCAGUUGUUCUGCUGCAGGCUGCUAUCACCAGCUUUACUUUUAAGAUGGUUUCCACCACAUUUGAGUAUUAAGCCCAGAGCUAUGAAACAAUGUGGAAAUGAAAGUUAAUGUUGCUGCUAUUAAGAUUUUCUUUAAAGUUAACUGUGAUAAAGAAAAACACAAGAUUUUGUGAUCAGUAUUCAUUAAUGAAAAUGUUACUCUAAAAUAACCAAAAAUGUCCUUAUACAACAUUUUUCUCACUGACAAAUGUUAGCUCAGUUUAUUUGUAUAUUUUAAAACUCCAUCUGCUGUAAAUGUUAAUUGAGCUUAACUAGUGUGUUAUUACACUAUGAUAACAUUAAAAACUACUUUAUAUGGUAGACUGAAAAUUGUAUUAGUUAUUAGUCUGUGUGAAUUAAACUGACAGUUCAGGACAGAAGCACAUCAGUGUGGUUUAUUAUAUAAGAAAUAACGUUGAACUGUACAAAAUCAGUGCAAUGAAAUCACUGAGAUACUACAAGUAAUAAGCCUUUGUUAUUAGGUGUAAGCAUUAGGCUAUGCUUUGAUACUGUUAUGCCAUGCAGUAUAUGUUGAAUGUAAAUGUAAUUUUUAUGUUAAAUUAAACACUGA